AUGAAUAUAUUCUCAAAUAAUGGGCCAUUUUCACUUCUCUACGGGGGAACGGACGAAGGACAAAAAUUGACGAGAGCUCAAGUUAUUCAUAGAGGUUUGUUUAUUUUAUUAACACAUUGAUUAUUUUAUGUAAUUUUUAUGUGAUUUUUAGAUAAUGAGCGAGCAAAUCUUGAAACGAUUUGUCGACUUGUAAUUCGAGCAUUGCUUGAAGAUGCCAUGGAGAGUUCCAACCGAUUAAUCGAAGGAGAUUCGCAAACUUUGUCGGAUUUAUUAAUGAUGCUUGAGAAAGUGCUUUUUCAUGGUUUCAAAUCAUCAAGUAAGAUUUUUUUUCCGGUUUUCUGUUCAAGAAUAUUUUUGGUUUUAGUGAAAACCGCCCUGAUUGCUCUGCGAACUCCUGAUGCCGAAUUAUGGACAAUGAUUCAAAAAAUUGGCAGAACAUCUGAAAUUCUUCGAGAAUCUGUGCAAUGUAUUGAUCGUCUUGAAUCUCUGAUAACUCCGAUUUCAAAAAUCCGCGCAAUUCUUCGUUUAACAAUGAUGCAAAAGAAAUUGAGUGAUUUAUUCGAUGGAAUUAUAAAUUUUUCAUUGAUCAAAGAUUUCUACGAAAGUUAUGCAUUUUUACGACAAGAAAAAGCAGUUGUUCUUUCUGGUGCUUUAGUUGGAUUGCGAGUUAUUGAAUGUAAUCUAGUUUUAGAAUAUGACAAUUUACAGGUAAGAUUGAAUUAUUUCUAUACAGUUUUCAAAUGAAUUUCAGGAACAACCUCUGAGUGUCGAUCUUUCGAUGUAUGUAAAACUUCCAACAAUUAGCAACACAAAUGAACCUAUUGAAAAUGGAAAUUUGAAAGAUAAUGAAAGAAAACGAUUGCUAGAUCAAAAUAACUUUUUGGAAGAACGAAUUCGAUAUCUUGAAGCAAAUUUAGAAGAAACAAAAAGAAAAGUCGAAGUUGUGAAUGAUUCGAACAGUUCGAUAAGUAUAGACUCUUUUAGUGCUGUUAGUUAUAGAAGACCGUCUGAAGAUGAUAGAGAUAAUGAAAAUGAGAAACUAAUUUCGAAAAUCGUGGAACUUGAAGAUACAAAUAGUCAUCUACAAGAACAAGUCAAUGAUAAAUCAAAAGUUUGCACAGAUUUGUAUGACAAGUUACGAUUAUCUGAAGAAUGCAUCAGAAAAUUGGAAACUGAUUUCUUGAGACUGAAAAGUCAUUACGAGGAAGAUAAAAAUGCUUUGUGCAAAGAGAUUGAACAUUUGCAAAUUCAAAAAACAAAUGUUAGCUCGGAAUUGGAUGCAAAACAAACUUCAGAUGAAGAAUUGCGAGUCGAAUUUCAGAAAAAGUGUGAACAAUAUAAUACUGCAAUUGCAAAUCUAGAAGAAAAACAAAAACUUUUGGUGAACGCAGAAACUGAAAUUAUAAGAUUGGAAAGUGAAUUGAAAGAAAUGCCAGCUUUGAAAAAAGAGAAAAGCGAUCUUGGAUUACGAUUGCGGUUUGAAACUGAAAGAGCAAAUGAAAAUGAGAAAGCGCUUGAAGAAUUGGGUGGUCGAUUAAGUGAAUCAAAACUUCGAAUGAUUGAAUUAACUGAAGAAUUAUUGCCAAAAUCAGAUGCUCAAUGGGCGAAAGAUUCAGAUGUUUCGAAUUGCACUGCGUGUACUGAAGUGUUUAGUAUGACGAAAAGAAAACAUCAUUGCAGGUAAGAAUAUUUUUUUAAAAACUUUCUUAUCAAUAUUUUGCAUCUGGAUACAUUUCAUUCAUUUUUUCAGCCGAUCUUUUACCCAAAAAAUCAGUCAGAAAAUUACGUUUCAAAAAAUUAUAUCCAAAAUUGACAAAAACUCUUCUUCAAUAAGAACAACAAUUUUUGCAGAAUGUGUGGUUCAAUUUUCUGCGCAAAUUGUAGUGAAGGUCGUGUCAAACUUCCAUCAAAUCCUCGUCCGGCUCGUGUUUGUGACAUUUGCUAUAAUAUUCUCAAAACUCGAAAUAAUCCAACCGUGUGAAUAGUAUAUUUAUUUUCAUUUAUUUGUAUAUAUUUUGACAGUGCCUUAUUGUGAUACAUUAAUUAUUGGGUCUCAUAUUUUGGUGAUGUGAUUGAUGAAUUUCGCUUUUUUUAUUUUGGGAAUUUUUUAAUUGAUGUACAAAUGUUCGAGAACAUUGAGAUAUUUGAAAAACUGUAAAAGUAAAAUGGAAUUUUAAUUCAUUUUUUUGCAGAUGUCCGCCCGACUUUUGAGAAAUGUUCUAACCACUGCUGCCAAACAACAACAACGUACAAUGUACGAAAAUCCAUAUAUCAAUCGAUUCAAAGCUCGCUCAAAGGUUUCGGAGGAUUUCCACAAGAAGAGCACAGGAAUCACUGGAUUGUUUGUCAACGAAAAUCCACAUCGUGCGUUGACUGUGGUUUAUGGCAGAAUUUUGAGAGCCGUUGAACAAAUGCCACAAGAUUCGGCAUAUAGAAAAUAUACCGAAGCGGUGAGAAUUUUGAAAUUUUUGAUUUGGUCAUGCUUAAAAAAAACUAAGUUUCCCUGAUUAUCAAAAUUGUUUUUGAGAAAAAGAUAAAAAAUCACAAUUCUAAAAAUAAUGAAAUUUGAUAAAUACUAGAUUAUCACGUCUCAUAUCUCAAAAUUUCAGAUUGUCAAACAACGCUUGGCAUUGGUCCAAUCUGAAGACAACAUUGAACGACUCGAGCAAAAAAUCGGCAUGGGACAAAUCGAAGAAGUCAUCGAACAAGCCGAGUUGGAACUCGAAACAACUCGAAAUAUUCUCGACUCAAAAGCCUGGGAACCACUUGUUGAAGCAGCUCCAAAAGGACAAUGGGCGUGGCCUGUUUAA